ACUUAUCUGUGAGACACAUGCCUUGAGUAUGAAGAUAGUCAUCAGGGUCAUGAGCCAGCCCAUCUCCACUGCCCAUCCAGAGCACACUGUGAAGGAAGCCCACCAAGGCUCAUCACAGCAACCUUCUUCACCGGUGAUCGCUCAUCCCGUGAAGAAAUGGACACAGAAGGCAGCAGGGCAGGUCUUGCUCUCCCAAACCCACAAAACCCCUCCAGUGUACCUGAAAUUGAACUUUCAGAAGUAUCUCUCCGUGAUCAUGCCUUGCGGGAGAGGGCUGGCCCAGCUCCACCACACCAUAGAUUGCUGAUGUUUUUGAGGAGGGAGCUGCAAUUCCUGGGAGUAACACAAAUUCUGAUCGCUCUGAUAUGUCUUUGUUUUGGAAUAAUGGUCUUAUUCGCGAUCAAUAUUUUUAAAUUUGAGGAAGAUGUUUUUUCAUCAUUUGAAGCAGGCUACCCGUUCUGGGGGUCAGCAUUUUUUGCUAUUUCUGGGUUAUUGCCAAUUAUGUAUGAAAAGAAGCACACUGUAUACCUGGUGUGGGGAAGCCUGGGAGCAAACACCAUCAGCAGCAUCACUGCAGGAAUAGGAAUCUUCAUCCUGAUCAUCAACCUGGAGAGUUGCCGGCCUUAUAUCUACAGCUGCCGGGAAACGAAUGAAGAUGACUCCUGCUUUGUGGCUUAUUUUUCCACCGAAGUCGUGGCCAUGAUCCUGUUUCUCACCAUCCUGGGGUUUUGCAGUGCUGUGUCACUCAUGAUUUAUGGAGUUGGAGAAGUGUUCCAAGGGAAGAAGAUCCCAGAAGACCGUCUUUAUGAAGAAUUAAACAUAUAUUCGCCAAUUUACAGUGAGUUGGAAGACAAAGGGGAGACAACUUCUCCUGCUGAUUCAUGAGAAUCGUGUUCAGAACAUUCUAAGUUACAGCAAAUGGUCUAGAAUAAGCCAAGAUCUUUGUUUAAAGGAUUACAGGCAAAAUUUUAAUUCUCUCUAUGGUCUGCCAGUUUUACAUUAGGAUUUAUUUUCUAGAUGGUACUGUUCUAUCUGUUGUUUCUGUUCACCUAAACCCCCCUCCCUCAUUCAUUUUUAGAUAUGAUUGACUCCUAUUUUUCUUGUUUUCUAUUGCUGUCUUGUACCAACUUUUGUGGGAAAUCAAUGAAUAAUCAGCAUUUACUGUGUGCCUAUAAUGGUGCAAAUAAAGGAAACAAGAGGAAGACUGAUUGAGAGCUGAGUUAAACUUUGACAGUUUGAUCAUGUUUGGCUCUUAGCCCUUUUCAGAGCUACAGAUGUGCAUAAUAUAUGUCCCCCUCCUGGACUGCAAGCACCUAAAGGACAAAGCCUGUUCAGCAAAUGUAUACUGAGGACCAAUGAAAUGUUUGAAGUUUU